AACCGUCUCUAGUUCUCUUGCUGACCAAAAUACAGUUUGUCAAUCAGAAGCGAACGGGUCCUCAGAUACAAUUGUGUUAAACAAGAAUUCCACAUAAAUUCUCACAAUGGCUUACUCUUGGGAUAACCGUGUCGAUUUUGUUGUUCGGUAUAUGUACGAUAUCGACAACAAUGGCGUGCUCGACGAAAACGAUUUCCAAUGCAUGGCCGUGAGAGCCUGUGUAGUGGAAGGCAAAGGCGACUGCAGUGCCAAUCGUUUGGCCGAGUACAAGAAACUGAUGAAGAACUUGUGGGUUGAAAUUUCCGAAAUUGCCGACGACGACAAGGAUGGAAAAAUUUCCAAUAAGGAAUUCAAAGAUGCCGUUCGUAAGACCUGCGUUGGAAAGAAAUACAGCGAAUUUCCUCAGGCCAUGAAAGCAUUUAUUGAAUCCAAUUUCAAAAUUCUUGACAUCAACAGUGAUGGCAUUGUUGGUAUUGAGGAAUACCGUUACAAUUGCAUUACAAGAAUGGCUAUCGAAGAUGUUGCGCCCAUAGACAAAGCUUUUGAAUCCCUCUUGAAUGAUAACGAUAAGAAAGUUGGCGGUCUCAAUUUGGACCGCUACCAGGAACUCUAUGCCGAAUUCUUGGGCAACACUGCCGACAACCACCCAGCUGUCUAUCUCUUUGGCCCCCUCUAAAAAGCCAUAGUCGCCAACAGUCAGCGAUCGAAUGCUGAUCGCCGAUCCAUCAUGGAGAACCAAAGAGCAUAAUUUAAAACCAAUUUUUUUAGAAAAAUGUAAAUGUCUUCGCUGUUGUUUGAAUUAUAACAACAUUAUAUAAUGCCCCAAAUAAGUUAUUAAUUAUUUGAUAUAUACAACUACAACUAUUUUUAAUGAGUUACUUUUACAAAACAACAAUAAAAACACAACA